AUCACUUUCUCUCAUUAACUCUGAUCUUGCCCACAUUAAUUUCCUUCCAUAGUUUCAGACAUUUCUGUUGGGGUUUCCAGCUACCAAUCUCCUGCACUGCCACCCACCAUUUUGUUGUAGUUGAUCAGCUCUAUCCGUUAAUUACUGUUUUUUUCUGGUUAAACCAAUGGAGAGAGUGAUGAAACUGGCGUCGCAGAGAGCAGUGGUGAUCUUCAGCAAGAGCUCUUGCUGCAUCUGUCAUACCAUCAAGACUCUCUUCUCCGACUUUGGGGUCAGUCCCACUGUCUACGAACUGGACGAGGACCCUCGAGGGAGGGAGCUCGAGAAAGCACUGCUGAGGCUAGGAUGCAACCCAUCGGUGCCGGCCGUGUUCAUCGGCGGCAAGCUGGUGGGUGGGGCUAAAGAGGUCAUGACCCGUCAGCUGGAUGGCUCCCUGAAGGAGCUUCUGAAACGAGCUGGAGCUCUGUGGCUUUAAUUAACAGGCCAUUUCUCAAUUAAUCUCAGAGCCUAGCUUUUAAUGCCUUUUGGUAGAAUCAAAGGAAUAAGGCCAAGUCGAUCAGCUGGCCAUAUGAACAUGUUGAUGAUGUUGCACUGCAUAAGAGUUUUGUUAAGACAGAUGAUGAGUUGUGACCUUUGCUCCAUUUUCUGAGUUUCCUGUUCUCAUCAUCAUCAUCAGCUCCCCUUUUUGAAUGUACCCCUUUUUGGAUUACUACUAAUAAAGGUGCAACUUUUCUCUUAGAA